AUGAGCAUAAUAUCAAUUAUUCUGAUCUGUAUUCUCAUAUGUCUUGUGUGCUAUGCAGUUUAUCAACGGUUUUGCUACUUUGCAAAUCGCUCGAUUCCUUAUCCGCCAAUACCAUCAAUAUUUCUCGGACAUCUACCUAUUCUCUGGUCAGUCAUAUCACAUGCUGAACAACUUCGUCAAUGGACACGACAAUACGGCUCGGUCUACGGUCUAUUCGAAGGUAUACGACCGAUGUAUGUCACGUCAGAUGUUGCAUUUAUCGAAGAAAUCUUUGUGAAACAAUUCCACCGUUUUCCUAUUCGACGUCUAACAUUAGUCAAUCGUUCAAUAGGACACAAACUUUCCAAUGUAUUUUCCGCUGGUUUGUUGUCUGUAUGGAGACGACAGCGCCGAAUCCUGACACCAACAUUUACUGGAGCAAAAAUGCGUCGAUUAUUACCUACAGUGGAUACGUGUGUCAAUCUUUUCAUGGAUAAACUAAACACGGUGCCCAGUGGUUCGAUAUUUAAUAUCUAUGAAUUAUACAAACGUUUGACAAUGGAUGUUAUUUGUCGAUGUGCAUUUGGCAUCGAUACCGAUGUACAAAAUGAUAUGGAGAAUCAGAAUAUCUACAUGAAAAAAGUAGCGGAAAUGUUUGCGAAAAAUGCUGAACUUACGCUAUUAGCUCGAAUGCAUCGUGUGACGUCGCAUACGGUAUUCGGAGAUAUAUGUGUGUUGUUAUUCAAACUGAAACGAUUGAUCACAGUAAACGAUUCACAACUUCAAGCAAAUGUUUGGUUAUUGGAACACAUGAACGAAUUCGUUCAGCAGAGAUUCGAUAAAACCCAAACACUUGAGCCAACCAGCGAUCUUCUUCAACUGAUGAUGAAUGCUGUUCAUUCCGAUAAAGAUGUGUUAACACCAACGGAAUUAUUAAGCAACGUGUUUGUCGUUCUCGCAGCAGGCUUUGAAACCACAUCAACAGCAUUAGCUUACUGCACGUAUUGUCUUGCUUUGUAUCAAGAUAUUCAAGAGAAAUUGUAUCAAGAACUUGUUGAACAUUGGCGUCCUGAUGAGACGAAUACUUACGAUAUCAUUUCAUCUAAAUUGACGUUUAUGGAUUUAUUCGUACGAGAAGUUCUACGAAUGUAUCCGCCCGUUCCUCAAGUUGUCCAGCGUCAAUGUACCGAAAAUACACAUGUUGCUGGGCAUGACAUUCAAAAAGGAACUCUGAUACAAAUUGAUGUUCUUUCUGUACAUUAUGAUCAAGAGCUAUGGGGUCCUGAACCGGUAAAUGAAUUUCAUCCCGAACGACAUUUGCAGAAACGACAUCCAGUUGCUUUUCUUCCAUUCGGUGCUGGACCAAGAACAUGCAUUGGAAUGCGAUUUGCAUUAAUGGAAGUCAAAUUAUGUUUGGCUCAAUUGAUCAGCACCUAUCGUAUUCUGCCAUCGUCAUUUGAAGACUACAAGUUAAAUAUAACCGAGCAAAUCUCAAUGACACCUGAUAAUGUUUAUAUCAAAGUGGAAAAACGAAUCACAUCUUCGUCUCAAUGA